GAUCAUCGCUUUACCCAGGCGGUUGUGUCGAUCUCGGCUCCAAUUGCAGACGGAGCCAAACCAUGGCGGAGAAGACUCAAAAGAGUGUGAAGAUUGCUCCUGGAGCAGUUGUCUGUGUCGAAAGUGAAAUCAGGGGUGAUGUAACUAUAGGACCUAGGACAGUGAUCCACCCUAAGGCACGAAUUAUUGCGGAAGCCGGGCCCAUAGUGAUUGGCGAAGGUAACCUAAUAGAAGAACAGGCGCUUAUCAUAAAUGCUCAUCCUGAUAAUAUCACCCCUGAUACUGAAGAUCCAGAACCCAAACCUAUGAUCAUUGGCACCAAUAAUGUGUUUGAAGUUGGCUGUUAUUCCCAAGCCAUGAAAAUGGGAGAUAAUAAUGUUAUUGAAUCAAAAGCAUAUGUAGGCAGAAAUGUAAUAUUGACAAGCGGUUGCAUCAUUGGGGCUUGUUGCAACCUGAAUACAUUUGAAGUCAUCCCUGAGAAUACAGUGAUCUAUGGUGCAGACUGCCUUCGUCGGGUGCAGACUGAGCGACCACAGCCCCAGACACUACAGCUGGAUUUCCUGAUGAAAAUCUUGCCAAACUACCACCACCUAAAGAAGACUAUGAAAGGAAGCUCAACUCCAGUUAAGAACUAAGAACAAUAUAAAAGAUGAGAAAUUACAAAACUGCCUUUGAAAUGCUGUGCCAGUUCUAAAAUAUUAUCUCUGGACAAGCUCUGAUAUGCUAAUAAAUGUCCUCUGGUCUGAACAGUACAGGUAGUGUGAAGACAACAGUGAGAUUCCUCCCAAGGACUUGGUAAUAAGACACCCUCAGAGAUUAAACUAAUUAAAUUAACACGUGGUGAGACGAGCCUCAAUGUUUCCCAGGUACACUGUGGUUUUUAGAUGAUGUUAACUCAUUUGAGGAAAGAAAAUGUGAACAGAAACCUACCAAGACUUCGGAGAAACAAAAUAUGACAGUGUGUAUACAGUGUUACCACAGAGAGGAGAUACUGAAUCCAAGAGAUGUGACCGUCAGUGACCCAAAGUGUCCUCUACUUCAGGGAGUAUCAGUUUAUCAAGACUUGCUGUGGCUUGGGAAGAACAUACCUUGAGACAUGCCACUUUUGGCUCUAAUUGCAAGCUUAACUGAACCACCUUUUGAUUGCUAAUAUGGCCUGCAAGCUAUCAUUCAGGAAAAGGAGGAACUCUGGAUGAGAGCCAGAAUUCCAUUCCGCACGUAGUACAUUUAGAGAAACUCUCUGACUGAUACAUCAGUCUCAUGUGAAUUUAGUUUGUAUAGUUAUUCCCUGAGUCUGUCAAUUUAGUCUACAAGUUCUGAAUAUUCUGAUAAAAUACAGUUUCUGACCCUUCAGGACAAAGAACCAAAGGCCAAACAGUUUAUCGCAAACUUCACUCUUGGGGGCUUCUCCAUAGCCAGGCUACCAGCCUUCUCCUAGUAACAGUAUUGCUCUCAAAUUUCAUCACAGAUAUUCUGGGCAAUUAUGCUAAAUGGUGGGUCAAACCCUGCCAUGCUUGUGACACAAAAAGUAGCAGCUGGGCAGAGAGAAGGAGGAAACCAUUUUAUCACAGUAUCUUACUGCAAUUUGGCCAUAGCUCUUAGGUCAAGGUGAUGGAUUUUCACCAAUUGAAUAGCAUCAGAUCUAGAAAGGGUUCUUUGCUCUCUUCUUCACUUCAUCCAUACACCCACUGUAGUAGUUACCUAUGCUGUGUAGGAAAUUACCCCCAAAUAUAGCAGCUUAAAACAAUGCACAUUUAUUAUCUUACAUGGUUUCUGCAGGUCCAUUCUGGGGGUGGCUCAGCUGGGGGCUCUGGCGGCGGGUCCUUCAUGAGGUUUCACUCAGGCAGCAGCGAGACCUGCAGUCCUCUGAAGCUGGCGUGGAGCUGGAGGAUACCCU